GCGAUGCAUCCACUUAUUCUGAAGGCGUGACCGCGUGACUUUUCCGGCAGCGUGUUUGUGGUGUUUGUCAUGCUGCGUGCGUGUUGCUUUUGAAACGCGACAAGUUUACUUAGCGACAAGGUCAAGCUAUCUUUAUGCAAAGAAGGGCGUCUGCUCGAGGCGUACGCGCAUUCACGCUAAUUGGAGCCAAGUGCUAGGUCGCUCAGUUUCCAAGUGGCCAAGCGUCGCCACAGUCGCCACCAUCGCGGAAACAGCUGAAGCCGCUGAAGCGACAGCUGCGUUUAAAGUUUUGGUUUGAAAGAUCAGCCAGCCGACCAAAACAGAACAUGGGUAGGAAGGUGACUUUGGCGGUGUGCACGCUCAACCAGUGGGCGAUGGACUUUGACGGGAAUUACAAGAGAAUCCUCAGAAGUAUAAAAGAGGCGAAAUCCAAGGGAGCAGCUUUUCGAAGUGGCCCUGAGCUGGAAGUUCCUGGCUACGGGUGUGCGGACCAUUUCCUCGAGAGUGAUACGCUCCUGCAUUCCUGGGAGGUGUUGGCACAGCUCCUGAACGAUCCGGCAUGCCAAGAUAUCCUGGUGGAUGUUGGCAUGCCCGUGAUGCACAAAAAUGUGAACUACAACUGCAGAGUUGUGUUCCUCAACAAAAAAGUCUUGCUUAUCCGGCCCAAAAUGAUGCUUUGUGACGAUGGCAACUACCGAGAAACGCGGUGGUUUAUGCCGUGGUGCAAACCCCGGCAAGUGGAGGAAUACUUUCUGCCGAGAAUGAUUCGGGAGGUCACGAACCAAAGAACAGUGCCAUUUGGAGAUGCCCUGAUAUCGACAAACGACACCUGCAUAGGGUAUGAGAUCUGCGAAGAACUUUGGAACCCUUGCAGCACCCAUGUGCCCCAGGCAUUGGAUGGAGCAGAAAUCAUUGUCAAUGGAAGCGGGUCUUACCACGAACUGCGCAAGACGUACAUCGUUGCCGAUCUCAUCAAGUCUGCCACUGCCAAGAGUGGCGGCAUCUACAUGUUCUCGAACCUCCGGGGUUGUGACGGGGAGAGGGUGUACUACCAGGGUUGCUCGACCAUUGCCAUCAACGGCGACUUUGUGGGCGUCUCCAAGCAGUUUGCGCUACAGGAAGUGGAAGUAACUACUGCAACAUUGGAUUUGGAGGAUGUACGAGCUUACCGGAACCAAAUUCGCAGCAGAACCUACAAGGCGGCACAGUCUGAGAACUAUUCCCGAGUGGUAGUGGAUUUCUCGUUGUCCGAAACCGACGAUGCCCUUUGCCCACCAACUGCCCCCAUAGAAUGGGUCUUCCCAACACCUGAGGAGGAGAUCAGCCUAGGCCCAGCUUGUUGGAUGUGGGAUUACCUUAGGCGGAGCGGCCAGGGCGGGUUCUUCCUGCCCCUGAGUGGAGGGGUGGACAGCGCCAGCGUGGCCACCCUGGUCUUCUCCAUGUGCAGGCUCGUCUGCUCUUCUGUUCGAGAGGGGGAUGCAGAAGUGUUGCAAGACGUCCGGCGCAUUGUGGGGGACCCCGACUAUGUGCCGAGGGAGCCGAGAGACCUGUGCAACCGGGUGCUGGUCACCUGCUACAUGGGCACCGAGAAUUCCUCGCGGGAGACCAGGGCGCUAGCAAAGGACUUGGCCAAUCAGGUUGGAAGCUACCACACAACCAUCGCCAUCGACGCGGCCGUGGCUGCCAUCAUCGGCAUCUUCUCGGCACUCACCGGCCGAGUUCCCCAGUUCCGUUCCCUAGGCGGAGGCUCUAGGGAAGACCUGGCGUUGCAAAACGUGCAGGCUCGGCUGCGGAUGGUCUUGGCUUACCUGCUGGCCCAGCUCAUACUCUGGGUCAGAGAACGACCGGGAGGGCUGCUCGUGCUCUCGACGGGCAACGUGGACGAAGGGCUGCGGGGCUACCUGACAAAGUAUGACUGCUCAAGCGGAGACAUCAAUCCCAUAGGAGGCAUUAGCAAAGUGGACCUCAAGCGCUUCCUCAGAUAUGCGUGCAACACCUUCAAGCUGUCCGCUCUGAACGACAUCCUAAAGAUGACACCGACGGCAGAACUGACACCGCUGAGGAAUGGAGAGACGGUGCAGUCUGACGAGGCCGACAUGGGCAUGACUUACGAGGAACUGAGCACUUACGGACGUCUCCGCAAGCAGCUUGGCUGCGGGCCUUACUCAAUGUUCUGCAAGCUGGUGCAUCAGUGGAAGAACCAAUUCGCACCGUGUCAGGUUGCAGAAAAGGUGAAGCACUUCUUCCGCAGCUACUCCAUCAACCGCCACAAGAUGACUGUGAUCACCCCCUCGUACCACGCGGAGUCGUACAGCCCCGAUGACAACCGCUUCGAUCACCGUCCCUUCCUCUACAAUCCGCUCUGGAUCUGGCAGUUCACCGCGAUCGAUGCCCAGGUGAAGCUCAUGGAGGUGCAGAGGGACACAAAGUCCACGAGUUCCGCCGCUCCAGCAUCCUGGAAGCCUGAUUCCAAGUUUCUGCCAGCUAGGGAAGAACCUAGGGACACCAAGGAGACCCAUCCGGCACCCGGGGACAAACUAGGGAGCAUGUCGUCCCUUUGUGGGGAUUUGGGCAUCUAUGUGUCCGACGGAUCCUGGAACAGCCCCUCGUCACUCACUUUCCCGUCAUUCCCCGAACUCGGCGGAAACGUCGCCAAGUUCGGGCAACAUUUGGCUACAAAGUGUUCCGGCAGCACAGCAUUGGGUACAAGUGACGUGAAUUCUAGAGUUUGGCUGCUUUGAUGGGGAAGAGAACUUUACUGGUCUCUUUUUAGUUCUUUUAUCGCAUCCCCAGCGUUGCAUUUUACCUGGAUAUGUGUCGAGCCAAGCCGAGCAGUUGAAACACUGGCAUUUAACUCCUUGUACUCAGUUCUUUCUCCAGUGUUGCGUUUUCCCUGAAGAAAACAUACAGAGCCAAACCAAGCUGAGUCAAGCAGCCAAAAAACUGGUGUUUGAACUCUGGUUUGCCCUUGCUUCUAUAUAUUUUUCGUCACUCUGAAAGCUUGCAUUGAAUUCUCAUUAUGGGCGACCUUGGUGUCGACGGGAACUCUGUGACGCAACUCAAAAUAUUUUCGGAUCAUGUUGUGUUUUUGAUCUCGACGUACGAGGAAAUGUGACGCGAGUGGGCAAACUCGUAGCAGGUAGCCACGAGUUUGGCACGUCGCCAUAUACCCAGUGCCCUCAUAAUAGGUAUUCCAAUUCUGACAGUUUUUCAAGCUCCUUUUUUAGCAUAGGUAGUCCGCAAACACGAGACUAUCAUUCGUAACCCAAGGCACUCAUUUCGGCGUAGUCUUUAAUCCUAUGCGGAGCGAAAGUUCAUCUGCUUCUUGAGCAGGGAUUGCAUCGACGUCAGAACACCGAGCUCCGAUUGGAAGGAUAGGGAGUAGAUCUCAGGGUGGCUAGCAUAGGGUUCUCCCCACCGUCCCUCCAUCGGAGCCAAUUAGAGUUUAACGUUCCGACAUCAAUGCAACCUCUGCAAAAGAAGCAGACGAACUUGCACUCCGCAUAAUCACCGACGGGCUGAGAACAGGGCAUCUUUUGAACGCCUGGCCACGCAGCUUAAGAAGCCAAAGCAUCGUCGAAGGAAGCCUGCACUGGAGGUGGAGCAACCAAAGCUCCUCCCCGACAUUCUCAUAGCAGUUGACGAGCUAACUUUAAUCCCAUCUACUUGUAUUUUAUUUAGACUCAAAAACUACUUAAAGCAACGUCUGUAUUUGAAACCAUCUUGCCACACUGCACCUGCUUCCACGGGUAUCGAGUCAAGAGUAGAUUUUUUUUUGUUUCAUCCGCUAUGUUGUGAAGACGUGCUGAAAGUGACAUUGGGAUACUGCCAUGCUAGUCUUGAAGUGCUCAGACAUGUUUUGCUUGCAGUGUACGCUGCAAUGAGCAGCAUUCAUUUCACAGGCAAUAAGAUUUCUUCGAACAAAGCCACGGUAUGCCCGCAGAUGCAGUACUUUGUAUUGCAUCUGCGGGCUCCAAAUUUGGUUCCAGUUUGCUGUAGCAAAUUGGAAAGUAUAGGCUCGUUGACAGAGUUGCGUCGACUGUGUUGUUCCGUGCAGUGCAGUUGCCUCGUCGUCAGGGUUGCCAUAGCAGCAGCUCCACGCAAGCAGUCUUGACGCAACUGUGUUAUAGGUACCAACAAAGUCUGCGGUCUUUAGAGGUAUUUUGUUUCAGUAUUCUUUUAUGCUUUUUUACACUACUUUGUGUCCAAACUGUGGCAUAACUGCCAAAUGGAACAAUGAACGAGUUCUUCAAAUAAAGUUUGUUUAUUA